AGCAGGAGAAAGGAACAGGCCUGGGAAGCCAGCUCUGUAUUUUGCCCCGGUGCCCAAGGACAAGGAGCUCUUUGUUUCCCUGGCCAGAGCCUGCUGUACUGGCCCUUUUCAGGCUCCCUCCCUGGGAAAGGGGCCAGGGGAAAGCAGGCACAAGCAGGGCAGGCAAAAUCCCUGGGGCUGCUGUGAAUAACCCCUGGUCAGACCCUCAGCAGCCUCCCCUCUUCAUAGAGGCAGUUGUAGGGAGUCUGCCAGGAGCAGCACCAGGAGAAGGUGCCCGGGAACCCUUUGGCUCCCUGCUUCCCACACCCCAUCCCUGGAAAUGAACAUGCUCCUGUUCCUGCUGCUCAGCUCUCCGUGGGCUUCUCUGUGUCUCUUGGACUUUGCCAUCCUGGAACACCUGCUGAACUGCACUGGAGCACCCAGGGGUGUGUAAACACCUGCUCGUGGCUUGCUGGAAGAAUCACAAGUGCUCAUUCCAGGUGUAUCCAUCUGUCUGUCCAGGCUGGACAGUGCUUUGAGGCUGGUUCUGCACACUGGUGUGGCAGCUGUCUGCAGGCUGGGGAUGCUGCACUGCCCUGCCCUACACCCACACCAGGGAUGACAUGAGCUGGUCCAUAAAAUCCCAGGAGGGUAGGAGGGGAAAUGGCCUCUGCACCCCUGGGAAAUAAGGUGCAGCCAGGGAUUUAUCCUGCUUUGCCAGGAAAUGUGCAAACACCAGCUGAUCCCAUUUCUACAGGGCACAGAGGACCACAGAAAUGUGCCAAAUUAGCCCCAAAACACAAUGCAGGUCCCAAAAGUGGGGCUCAGGUUUACCCAGCACGGUGCAGCCAGGUCCCACAUCCGUGAUGUUCCAUUUCCCACCAUCCACAGGAUGAUGCUUACUAGAAAGCAGGGCAGGAAAAUAAGAGCAAUCUCUCCCCAGGUCAAAAAAAUGUUCCUCCUCAAGGCUAUUGUCCCUCUGGGAAAAACAGGAGUUUGUGGUGUCUGGACUUCAGGAACAUAAAUGCUCUUCAGCCUUAUUACAAGGGGAUGGCUUGGGUGGUCCUUCCCGUCUUCUAUUUGGAUAUUUGCACCCCAGGGACACCUUCCCAAAGGGUCUGGGUGCCCCCCAGCCCUGGGGAGGGGGCUGUGGGAUUGGUUCUAGGUUGCUGCUCUGAACAGCACCAGCCAGAGCAGAGGGGAGAUGGAGCAGGCUUUGUUAAAAUCAAUAAAUUCAAGGAACAGGCCUUGAAUGUGUUUCCUCAGCAACUGUGACGUCACGUGGACGUCUGGCCUCCCCUUCUUCCCCCCCUCCUUCUUAUUAUUACAAGGGAAAAUAAAGGGAAGCAGACAGUGAAGGGGAGCUGGGGACAGUCUCCUGGCAACGCUGGGGACAGCACCAUCCUCCUGCCAGGGGGACAUGGCUCCAGCACAGGCAGCCCUGCCAGGCCUCGUGGCUGCACUGGUGGCAUGGAGAAGGCAUCCCUGGUGUCCCUGGGGUGGAGGUGACAGUGCUCUGGCCACAACCAUGUCCCCAGGGAUGCCCAGCUUCUUCCCAGCCCUGCUGAGCCCAAAUUUACCCUGUGUGAGUCCUUGGUUCAUGAAUCACCGUGUCCCGUCCAACUGCAGGUACCAGCCCACGGAAUACGAGCACGCAGCCAACUGUGCCACCCACGCUUUCUGGAUCCUGCCCAGCAUCCUCGGCAGCUCCAUCCUCUACAUCCUCUCUGAUGACCAGUGGGAAACCAUCUCAGCCUGGAUCUAUGGCUUUGGCUUGUCCAGCCUCUUCAUUGUCUCCACCAUCUUCCACACCAUCUCCUGGAAGAAGAGGCAUCUCAGGACUGUGGAGCACUGCCUACACAUGUUUGACAGGAUGGUGAUCUACUUCUUCAUCGCUGCGUCCUACGCUCCCUGGUUGAACCUGAGGGAGUUGGGUCCCUGGGCCUCCCACAUGCGCUGGAUCAUCUGGAUCAUGGCAUCCAUCGGGACCGUCUACGUUUUCUUCUUCCACGAGCGGUACAAGCUGGUGGAGCUGGUGUGCUACGUUAUCAUGGGCUUCUUCCCCGCCUUGGUCAUCCUUUCCAUGCCCAACAGGGACGGCCUCCUGGAGCUGGUGGCCGGUGGGUUCUUCUACUGCCUGGGCAUGGUGUUCUUCAAAAGCGACGGCCGCAUCCCGUUCGCCCACGCCAUCUGGCACCUCUUCGUGGCCAUCGGAGCUGGCAUCCACUACUACGCCAUCUGGAGGUACCUCUACCGGCCCGGAGCGCUGGACACCAAAACCUCCCGGUAGAAGCCUUAAGGACAUUGUUGGUGCCACCUGGCACGUGGGGACACAGAGGGCAGCGGGGACACAGCCUGCCCCGUGGGCUCGCCCCAAAGCGCCCCCUCACCCCAUGGACAGCAGCCGCUGGUGCCCUUCCCGCACAGACAGGAGAGCCCAGAGGUUGAUUUUAAAUGCUUUUCUUUUUUAACCUCGGGAACUGUUUAUUUUUUUAGGCAAAGGUUUCAGAACACAGUGACUGACUGGGCUGUGGGUGAUAGGGGAGUGACCACUCGCUGGGAGCUUCGCUCACUCACCCGCUCUCGAGCGUCCCACGGGACUGGGAACCUUGGCCCCACAUGCCCCUGGCUAUGACACCCUGGGUUUGGCUACUGGAGUCCUUAGUGUGUGCCACUGAGGGGACUGGAGGAGUCAGGAUGAGGGGAGAGACCCAGUGGUGGAGAGGGAUGUGGUGACAUCCCUGCACCACCCAGACUGGCUCCUAAAUCAUCCCAAGUCCUGUCAGCACUGCCAGCUCCAUCCCAAGUCCUUGAGGGGAUGGUCCAUACUCAGCAAGCCUUACAAGAGAUUGAAACUUGAAUCUCUUCCAGGGCAUCCCAGUCCCUGAGCACUGGGAAACCCUUUCUCUAAGCCAAUAUUAAGUGCACAACUCACUACAUCCCUGGGAUCCCCCCAUGGACAUUUUCUCCCUGGUUUUCCUCUCCAGCCUCGGUGCCAGUGGCAGCCUGGAGCACAGCCCUGCUCCCAGGCCCUGCUGCACGUGUGCCUUCAGCAGGGAGCAGAGCUGGGAUCUGGCUCCUGGCGUCUCCCUGACUGGGGUCAGCCCCUCCAUUUCAUCCCUUUCUCCUCGAGGGAGGGAAGUGAACCUCCUUGGACUGGCAUCACGGGGCGAGCUGCCUUCCCUGCUCCCAUUUUGCUGAUGAACCUAUUGCUCAUCAGAUUUAAUUCCACUUUUGGAAAGAUUUCUGGCAUUUUCAGGAUUGCUGCAGGGCAGGAAUACAUCCACACGAAGCCUGGGUGUGAGCUGGGACAGAGAGAUCCUAGUGAUACUCAGUUUUAAAAUGCCUAACCAUGGCCACAGGCCAAAGAGACAUGGAACAUCCAUCCAGCAGAAUGGGAAAACCACACCUGAUCCUGCUCCCCAAACACCCUGACAGAGCUGCUGGAGCCAAGGAGGGUGUGGUGCGUGCUGGGCUGUGCCUGCACCUUCCCCAUCAGCCUCCAAAAGAAUCAAUCACCUCUUUUUGGCCUUUGAUUAAUCACAGCCUCUGGUUUGAUGUGGCAAGUGAAGGAGAUCUGCUGCCACCAUCCCACAUCUCCUGCAGCUUUCCAGGGAGCUGGGCAGAGCUUAGGGCCCCCCAGCCUGUGGCACCCCAGGACUGGCUCUCCAGGGCUGUGCCAUUUUGCAGCAAAUUACCAAAGAGGAAGCAUCUGGAUACUCACCCCCUCCUGAUGUGCUGCCUGUGGUUGCCAGGAUGGCAAAAAUAUCCGGAGGGUUUUCACUUCCAUGGGCAGAAGGUUCCUGUAAAAGGCUCUGGGAGCUGUACCCAGCACCCCAGCCUGACCUGAGGCUGCUGGGGGUCAGUGCCCAGGGCACCCAAAAGCAGCCUUUGGGCUGGGGCUGCCCUUGGGGUGAUGGGUGGUCUUAGGGAUGGGGGUGAACGAGCUGGUGUGAGCCCAGACUCUGCUGCUGCCUCUGCCCAGCCCUGGCCCUGCCACCUCCUGCAGAUGGAGAGGUGGAGAAGGACAAGCUGUGAGUAACCAGCAGUUGAUGGAGCAUAUCUGGGGUUGGAACAGCGGGAUACAGAGGUCCCAGAAUGGGAGAUGCCAUAUUUUCUGUCUGGCAAGUCAUUACCCUUCUCUGUGCCUCAGUUUCCCCAUCUGGAAUAUGGGGGCAAAGACCCUGACCUACCUGACAGGGCUCGUGUGAGGACCCUGUGAAGCACUUGGAGGGCAGCCAGAGCUUCACAAACACCUGCUCCAAUUUUCACUGAGUCUGGGGGAGCAGGUUCCCAGAGCCACCAUGGGGCACGGUGACAACCUCGGCUUAGUGUGCCUGGCUCUCCUCCUUCUCUGUCACCAAAUCCCACGGGGAGCCACCCUGGGGUCAGACCAUGCAAACAGCAGCCACAGGCAAAUGUCCCCAGGCAGGAGCUGAGGAUGCCCAGGGACCACCAAUGUGUUUUGCCCGUGGGCUUCAUCCCAAGGGAUUUAUCUCAGAAACUGUUUUGCCAUUGUGGUCUUUUUGGCCCUAAAUCUGUCCCAAGGGCUCCCGAGGCACAGGGAGGUGCCAGAAGGACCUUUCUGAGGUGGCUUCAUCUCAGUCUCCUGCUGAAAAUCCAUGGCAGGAGAGAUGCCCGGGCAGGAAUGGAUGGUCGGGCUCUGUGGGGAACAUCGCCACCCUGCCUUCAGCCUGGAUUUGCAGAGUGAGCUUCUCUGUAACUGAGAGGCUCCCCCUCUUCUCUUGUUCCUAAAUCCUCCCCUGGCAAAGCAUGGGGGACACUGAGCAAGUUCUUGGAUUGUCCUCCUGUUUUAUACUAAUUUUAAAUGACUCGUAACAUUCAGGGUGUUUGUGGAGGAGGGCUCGAGGGAUCUUUUUAGCAUCUCAUGUUUUCACCAUCCAUCCUUGUUCAAGCAGUAUUUUAUAUUUAACACAGUAUCGGGUCAAACACAAACAAAUGUAAGGAAGAUAACGCUAGUGGAUAUUAUUUCGUGUGGAGUAGGAUUGAAAUAAAAACUCAAGAUACCUCA